AUGAAGAAGAUGGAAUCAAAGAAAUUACAACGUCCCAGAUGGUUGGAUAGCUUAUUUGGACCCAAAAACAGCAACUCCCAGUGGCUUCAAGAGAAUCUUGAAGAGAUGAACCGGAAUUUUAGAAGGAUGCUGACAAUCAUUGAAGAUUCAAAUGCAGUCUCAUUUGCUAAGAAGUUCGAAAUGUAUGAUCAGAGUAGACAAGAACUAAUCAACCUUGUUGACAAGUGCUACCGCAUACAUUGUUUAUUGGCUGAGCGCUAUAAUCAUGAGACAGGAGAGCUUCUAAACAGCAUUCCUAAUUCAGGUCUUAUUUCAUCACAAGGCGCAUCCAAUGUUAGUUCAGGCAAAAUCUCCCUGCCUCUUUUAUCUAAACUCCAUAGCUCUAAGCAGUCAAAUGCUCAUGUGAGCUCGGUGGGCUCUAGGCAACUAAAACGAGGUGUUUCUUCUAUAGGGAAUAAUAAUCACUUCAGAGGACAAAUUAGUAAGAAUCCAGCUAUCAGGAUGAUGGUAUUGGCCCUCACGAACAAACCAGUACGAGAUUCAUCCAGCAGUAACUUCUCAAAUUACUACUCAGAUACACAGAGUGAUGGUGGUGAUGAUGAUGAUGAAGAAGAAGAGUUGGAGGCUGAGCUACGCGAUAUGAUAGUGAAACUUUACAUACAGCUGGAAGGGGAUCGAGUUGACAAGGCAUUAUUAGAAGAAAAGUUGGACCUAAAUGUUCUAGGGCUUCAAUCACAACAACCGGUCAUUUCUGAUGACUCAUAUACACAGAGCAACGAUGAUGAUGGAGAAGAGUUGCAACAUGAGGGGACUGAUGAGUUGGAGGCUGAGCUACGCGAUAUGAUAGAGAAACUUUACAUAGAGAUGGAAGGGGAUCGAGUUGUUUCAAUGGUGCAGGGUGGAAUUUUGAGAGAAUCAAUAUCAUCGAAUGUGGACAAGGCAUUAUUAGAAGAAAACUUGGAGCUUCAAGCUAAAAUUUGCAGACUCUUGAAGGAUAUAUCAUCUUUGGAGGAAUAUAAUGAUGAAUCAUAUGAACGCUGCGAAUUAUUAGAUGAGGCUCUUAGUCAAGCUAGACUAGAGAGAGUAGCAGCAGAGAUUUUGUUUGCAUCGGAAGUUGAGCAACUAAAGUCAAGCAUUGUCAAGAAGAACAAUGAUGUCGAAGAAUUGAACAAAAUCCUUGAAGCAGUAGCAGCAGAGAGAGAUCAGCUGAAAGCCAGAGUUGCAAUGCUUGAUGCUGACCCCUAUAAGUCAUAAAGAAUUGAAGAUCAAAUGAACAAGCAUAUGCACUAAAACGAUUAACGAUGUGUACUGUGUUGAUUUUGUUGCUGAAAUUCAAGGGGCGCGUAAAAUGGUAGAAAGAGUAGAAGAGAAUGGCAUUAGUCCCAG